GGACUGGACAAAAUAAUACUUAAAACUCAUGUUUGGUUUGAGAAUGGACUAACUUAAAUGAGACUAUAUAGUCCCACGGAAAAAAAAACGGCUCGCUCGCCCUUCUAAUAUGGUGGCGUCGAAAAUUGCUCCGCAAAAUAGUGCUAUCGCUGAAUAGAACAAGCGAGUCCGACACAACGCAAACCAGUUUCUUCUUCUUCUUCACCUGAGUCGUGAUAUCUUGGUGCAGCGUGUAUCGACUCUGCCACACAAUUCUGCCAUUGACCUUCACGACGGAUUUAAUUGCAGGAGUGAUAAGCAAUUGAAAUAUUUCUCCAUUCUGAGGGCGCCAUCCAUGUGGGUCUUGUUUCUGAUGAUGCUUUCAGGCCACCUGAAAUUACAGAGCCUAUGAAUGUUGUGAACAGCAUGGUCAUCAACCAAUUGAACAAAUCUGUUUGUUCUUGAAGUGGGCUUUGUGGUUUUUCAAUCGUGGAUAUCAGCGACAUCGCAGAUUCCUGAACCCAAAUGCACGAAAGUUGAGGACAUACGUGGUUAACCGUGCUUCUUCCGAAUUUUUAACUCUGCUCAAGGCGUUACGCUCCAACAGUCCAACUACCCCCGGCGGCUUCUUCUCUCUCUGCUAUGCAAAUUGCAGAAGUUGAGCUGCAUUGAGAUGUUGAGGUCGUGGGAUAAUGGGGUCGAAGAGGCUCUUCAGAAACUUGAACACCUUCAACUCCUUCGUUCUCUCAGACCCAUUUACCUCCAAAAUGGACCAACCCAAGAAGCCCAAAACCCCGUCGAUGAUGAAUUCCAUGUGUUCGAUGAAAUGCAGCCGUGGGACCGAUCCUCUGUGGAGGUCCACAUUCCUGAACCCACGUUCCAGAAAUGGCUCCACGAUAUUCCCAGUUCCGGAGAUGAGGAAGGUACCCAUAAGUUCAGAAAGCUGCUACUAUUCUCUGGGAAUGACUAUUUGGGCCUGAGCUCACAUCCUACCAUUGGAAAAGCUGCUUCCAAGGCAGCCCUAGAACAUGGGAUGGGCCCCAGGGGCUCUGCUUUAAUCUGCGGAUAUACCGAUUACCAUAGGCGACUCGAGUCAUGCAUUGCAGAAUUAAAGAAGAAAGAGGAUUGCCUUCUUUGUCCCACAGGAUUUGCAGCCAAUAUGGCCUUGAUGGUAGCUUUGGGAAAUGUUGGCUCUCUCUUGGCUGCUGGAAAAACUCCUUUAACUAAUGAAAAAAUUGCCAUUUUUUCUGAUGCACUGAACCAUGCGUCAAUAAUCGAUGGUAUUCGUCUUGCUGAACGACAAAAAUCUGUAGAGAUAUUCAUCUAUAGACAUUGCGACAUGACACACCUUAAUGCAUUGUUAUCAAGUUGCACAAUGAGGAAGAAAGUUGUCGUGACUGAUAGCUUGUUUAGUAUGGACGGAGACUUUGCACCAAUGAUUGAGCUUGUGAAGCUACGCAAAGAGCAUGGCUUUCUGUUAGUUAUUGAUGAUGCUCAUGGAACAUUUGUUUGUGGAAAAAAUGGUGGCGGAGUGGCAGAGCAAUACAAUUGUGAAAGAGAUGUUGACAUAUGUGUUGGGACUUUGAGUAAGGCUGCAGGUUGCCAUGGCGGAUUCAUAGCAUGCAGCAAAAGGUGGAAGCAACUCAUACAAUCAAGGGGUCGGUCUUUUAUAUUUUCAACUGCUACGCCGAUACCAAUUGUUGCUGCUGCCCGUGCUUCUCUUAUUGUGGCAAGAAAGGAAACAUGGCGUAGAAGGGAAAUUUGGAAUCGGGUGCAAGACUUUCGUGUUCUCACUGGAAUCCCCAUAAAUAGUCCCAUAAUAUCUCUUAUCGUAGGGAGCGAAGAGAAGGCUCUGCAAGCAAGCCAGAGUUUGUUGAAAUCUGGUUUCCAUGUGACUGCAAUUAGACCCCCAACAGUGCCACCCAACUCAUGCAGGCUACGCGUGACAUUGAGCGCAACGCACACAAGAGACGAUAUUGAGAGGUUCACAGCCGCACUCUCCCUUUGUGUCAAUUUUCAAGAAAUUGGCAUCCACGGCUCAAAUGGUGGAUAUGCAAGGCUUUAGGAUUUGAUUUGUUUUAGAUUCCAUAGCUCUUAAGUGUACUGAGAAUGAGAUUACCAAAACACAUAUACUGUAAUAAGAAUUGAACAUCAUUUAGGAUGUAUGUGGGCCGGCUGUGCCUUUAUAAAGCUCCUUUACACCU